ACUGCCACUGUUCUGUUGGGGUUUAUUUAAAAACCUAAAUAAGGAGCUAAAAUCUAAUCCCAAACUGUAAAUCAAGCCUUUUUCCCUUCCUUCCUUUUCUCUAGAGAAACAUAUUUCUAUUUCUGGUUGAUUUAGAAGGGAAAUUAUGCGCAAAAUUAAGCUAAAAGUAUCUACCUACAAAAUCAACAAAGCAAGUUCUCUUACAUUGGGACCUGCCUUUUUACAAGCUCUUCUGUUGCUACUGCUGUUCUGGUUCUUGAUGAGUCUUCUGUCUGGAAGUUGUCUAUUAAGAAAAGUAAUUGAAGGGUUUGGACGGAUUUUUUUUUUUUAUACGUGUGUGAAAUUUUUUUAUUGCAAGUCUGUAGGAUAAUAUACAAGCUGGAUAAGGUGACUUGUAUUUUCAUAUGUUACUGCAGUUAUAAAGAUAACACUGCUAGGAUUUUGUUACCUGUGUUGCUAAUGAUGUUUGGAUGUUCACAACUUUGCCUGCCUGGAAGGGUAGAGUUAGGUUUUUGUUUUUCUUUCAAAAUUUAAACCAAAGAAAGAUGUAAAGCUUCCAGUCAGAAAUAAAGAUCUAUAAUCCUGACUAAGAUAAUGGUCAAAAAAUUUAGUUUUAACAUGUCUAUUUAGAGAUAUAUUUUAUGUGCUACUAACUAAAGUAUCACCUAAAUAGUGGAGAGAAGAGUAUAAUGCAAUUAUAAGCAAAAAAUUUGAGCAGCUUUGAGAUGAAGAAUGCUAUGAAAUAAGGCCGAGGUAAAUUAGCAUAGACCUUCUUGCAGUCUUUGUCGUAGUUCUAGUCUAACAGGAGGAUAUUGACUGCCAAUAAAAUCGGGGUUGGAAAACAACACUUCCAUUAAAACGUUAUGAUUUUGAAUCGUGAAACAGACCUUACUUUUCACUCUCUCUGUCUCCAGUAUCAAGAAAAUGAUCCAUAUCUCAUCUUGCCUGAAAACCAUUUAACCAGCUGUAAUUAUCUGUUAGGGACCAUUCUGGAGAUAUAGUUAAUUACUUUUAAUUAAAAGUAAUAUUUUGAUAUAGCUCUGCUAUCUCUGGUGGGAGUUGUUUUAAACUUACUAUAUGCUUACCACCAAUUUUCUGCAAUAUGGCUUAGGAAGGAGGAAUUUGCACUGCACUGUUCAAUCGCAACAGGUCUUAAGAGUAUUAAGGAUGAAAUUCUCAAGAGUCUUUAUGUCAUGGCUGGAAGUGGAAUCAUUACUGUAUUUUUGAACUCCUGCUAACGUCAUUGACACCCACCUACAGUCCACUAGAAAUAUAAGUGCAGAGAUCAGUUUGUUCACAGAUUACAAGGAGACUAACCAAGAAGGGGCAAGCCAGAACCAAAUUCACUGGUAAGCUUUAUCUUAAAGAACAUGAAAGGGAGAAUUAUUUCUUCCUUUUUUUUUUUUUUUCUUGAAUGAAGUUGUGAAAUGGGUCUCUAGUAUCUUAUACCAGGCUGUAUUAUUAUUGCACUUACUAAUAUAUGUAGUACACUUCCAUGCGAUUAAAAAAAUUGAGCUAUCUGGAUCUCAAGCCGUAUUUUUACAUUCUUCUUGGAGCACAUAAAGAUCUAAUGCUGUAACUAAUAGGCCAGUGAAAAUGGCUGUAUGUAAUAACAAAUGUAGAUUUACAAAUGUUUAAGUAUUUUGUGUUAAAUGUCACCCUAGUUCCUCUCAAAAAGAGAAUCCAGUGGCUAGAAAUAUCUUUGGUAUGGGAAACGUUUCUUCACAAUAAUUUGUGCUUCAAAAAACAAAAAAAAAGUUGCUAGCACACAGAUGUAAUCUGCAGUAGGCAGAUUCUCCUUACCAUGAUAAAUUAUUUUCAGCACUCCACUAGAUUGUCAUCCUUGCUCUGUGCUACCAGUGACAGCUCUGUAGGACUCAAGGAGUCUGGUUCGUUGUCCUUUUACAGGUAGUCUGUUCAUCUCUUCAACAUGUGGAAAGUGGUGCUCCUGGGUCUAUAUACAGUACUGGCUGUGAGAGGAUUCGCAAAGGGUGCUCCUUUCCAACCAGAAGAAAAAUGGAAACCUCUAGAUAACCCUAGAAACAGAGACCUGUUUUUCAGAACGCUCCAGGCUUAUUUUUCGGGCAGGGGUCUUGAUCUCAGAAAGUUCCCAGCUACUUUCACUGUGAACAAUGAAGGGCCAAGAAGACCUGUCAUCUUCUACUCAGAUCCAAUUGCUUCUGCAUUUGCAGAUUAUGAAGAAAGGAAAAAUUCUUUUCCAAAUUAUUUCAAAGGCUGAAGUGUGCUUCUGACUAAGGUAAAAGAGAAUGCCUUCUCCUUUAACAUUACAUGUAACCAAGUGAAAGAUCUGGAUUCAAGUGAUUCUCUUUUCUGUUUGAAGUAUAAAACCAACUUCUUUUUUUUUUUUUUUCUGAAUAAAUUAGAACUAGAACCUUAACUCUUGCCUGAAGUUGGUUUAAAAUUAUUGAGGUAGAGAUUUAUUAGGUAUUUAUUACUUCAGUAAAAUAACACACGAUGCUUGUGCAGAUCAAUAUAGACUGUACUUCUUUUUUUUUUCUUCUUUUUCUCCCCUUUUUCAUGCAGAAGAGAAUUCUGAAAAUGUACAGAUAAUAGAGAAUGCAGAUUUUAUUUAAAUAAUUGAUAUCAGUGAAAUGAUAAAUUGAGACUAAUGGUUUUCUGUGGUGUGUAUAUAUUAAGAAAUUUAGACAUAAGUUAUUGCACUAACCAAGCAUACAUUAUCUUUUACAUCUUUGUCUAUUCAUGCUCUUAUCCUUAUUCCUACUGCUAAAAUUGAAGGUUGAUAAAAGGAUUGCAAAUUUAUUCAUAUCUCUCUGUAAAUAUGGAAUAAAAUUUAAGUGGGUCAAACUUGCAUUAUUAAUAAAUCCAGCCUCAAUUUAGCCCAGGUACUUCUCAGCUCUUUUACCUAUGGGUAACCAUACUCCGUAAAAAAUAAUAUAUCUCAUUUUGAGAGUCAGUGAAUAUUGGCAAUUCUGAGAAAAGGUAAAUAAUUGUUUUCUCCCAUUUUACAAAGAGUUGAAGAUUUCAGUAAGAUUUUUAAGAUUCAGUAAGUACUUUGGUGAUUUACUCCAUAUCUUUGUCAUCAGUAUUCAUGUUAGGAUUUCUAGCUCUGUCCUACUCUCUGCCUGCUUAACCACGUAUUUCUGUAAUCAAAAGCACAGCUCCACUCUUCUUAUUAUCAUGAAUCAUAAUGAAGACUGCACCCAAAGUUUAAUGCUAAAUUCUCUUUUUACCAAACUUUUGUGUCAGGAUAAAAAAAAAAGCAAGCAUCACAGAACAGCUGUUGGGCCUGACAAAAAGCUGCUUCAGAAGGGAUGCUGUAGCUCUGCUGUAAGUUACCGCAGCAGUGAGGAAAUGACUGGUGGAAGUAAUUUGCCCUGCAUAAUUCAGGAUGAUCACGGUAGUUCUUUUCAGUGUCCAGAACUGGUUUUGGGAAGUAGAGGUCUGCUGAGCUCAUUUGGGGUAUUUCAUCUAGUGUUACCACAUCUUGGCUUAGAUCAUACCCUGGUUGCAUAUACAUAUUUGUCUCAUCUUUUUUUUUUUUCUUUCUCUUUUUCAGGUAUUAACUUUUCAACUUCAUGUGAAGCGGUAAUCUUUACAGCAAAAUAUUACGGCUUUGACCUUUUUAACUGUUACCUGAUAAUUUAAAAUUUUCCUCAAAGUUUUCGCCUAUGGCAUCUGCUGUCAUGCUGUAAUUAGCACAUUUGCUAUUGACAGAUGUUUGAUAUUUGGUUACUACAAUUUGCCUAGCCGAAUUGUGUUUGUUUAAACAUGAAUAAAUGUGGAGUGCAACAGUGCUUUUAACUACCCCAAGCGUCUUUU